CAGCCAGGCAUGAUGGCAAUUGGUGUUUCUGUGCCCUCUGCUCCAUCAUUAAGUCACCAGAUCCAGAUGUGAGCACAAAUAGGGAAGACUAACUGGAUAUCACUAAUGUUUAAAACAGAUGAAUCAAUUCCUCCAUAUAUUCUUCAUUGUUUCUAAUGCUAUUCAAUCAAGAGAACUGUUUUUAUGUUUUGUAUUUUUGUGCACUAAGAAUGGAGCCAUCAGAGAAAUAUGUGUUCAAACACAAAGGAUCCUAUUUUAUUCAAAGUGUGACUACCCCAGAAUACAUUGAUUCAUUGCGGGAUUUUGAAAUCAGAGACAGUGAUGUGUUUAUAGUCUCUUAUCUGAAAUCAGGCACCAUUUGGACACAGCAUAUUUUGAGCAUGAUCUAUCAUGAAGGUCAUUGAAAUGGAACUGAAAGCAUGGACCUCUUGGACAGAGCUCCAUUUCUGGAAUAUAAAUUCCGCGAUAUUGAUUAUGCCAAUCGCCCAUCACCUCGUCUCUUUACUACCCACAUGAACUCCCAAUUUGUGCCAAAGGGUCUAAGUAAUGGGAGAACCAAGGUUAUUUAUGUGAUGAGAAACCCAAAGGAUGUCUUGGUGUCCUAUUAUCAUUACUCCAAAUUUGCUGUCUCACAUGAAGAAAUAGAAGAUUUCAACAUGUUCAUGGAAAGGUUUCUGGCUGGUAAARUAGUGGGUGAUUUAUGGUUAGACCACAUAGAAGGCUGGUAUGCUCAGAAGGACAACUUCAAUAUUCUGUUUCUUGUUUAUGAAGAAAUGAAGAAGGAUCUGAGAAGUGCCAUUCUGAAAAUUUGCAGCUUCCUAAGAAAGAGUUUGAAUGAAGAGCAGGUGGAUGAUAUUAUGGCUAAGGCUUCGAUUGACAAAAUGAGGGCAGAUCCUAGAACAAAUGCUGAGAACAUAUCGUCUGAUAUCUUAGAUCACAGCAAAGGACGUUUCCUCCGCAAAGGUACCAUUGGAGACUGGAAAAACACAAUGACGGUGGCACAGAGUGAAAGGUUUGACAGUGUUUUCAAGGAACGGAUGGAAAAGCUGCCCUUCAAGUUCUGCUGGGAUAUCAAUGAUGAAUUAUGACUCAAGAUGAAUGAGCCUUCCUCAUUUCCAUUGUCGGCUUUUAAUUUGAUUCCAUAAUUGUUCCACCGUAUUUCAAAAUCAAUUUGGAAAAUUGUGGGGGUCAGGACAUUUUUGUGCACAUUUCUCAGAAUGCCUUGAUUUGCCUUACUGAGGCUAGGUGUGGAUUUAGAAUUGGGGUGAGGGAAAUCUGUGUCCCACAUUUGGUAUUCCUUGAUAUGCACAAUUUAUUAUUUAUUUCGUGUUUUGAUCAGAGAAUUGUAUUGCAAUGUUCAGAAAAUUGCAAACCAAGAAUUGAUAAUCACACUAAGGAUUGUUUAUUGUUUACAAUAUGUGAAUAGAAUUUAUAUGUAAAAGGUGAAAUAAGAGAAUAUAAUAAUAAUAAUAAUAAUAAUAAUAAUAAUAAUAAAGAAGAAGAAGAAGAGGAGGAGGAAAGAGAAGAGGAAGAAGAGGAAGAUGACAACUUUAUUUAUAACCCACCCACUCUCCCCGAAGGGAUUUAGGGCGGUUACUCAUCACAAAUGGCAAUCCCAAAUUAAUCCGGAAUCGAUUAAAUGUAAAUGUUAUAUUUGUUAUAAUGUUCAACGCACUACAAGAGAAUUACAAAGAAAAACAGAUUCAUUUCAUUAUAGAUUCUAUAUUGUUUGAAAAAUGUAAAUUUCAAGGGAUACUAUGUCAAAGUGAAAUUUAUGUCAAAAUGAAAUUUAUUCAUCAACACUAA